AUGGACCUUCAAGGCUCUCUUAUUGAUACAAAACUUAAAAUAUAUCCAUCAGAAAAGUUGAUUAUAUUUAUAAAAUCUAUACCAGACUCAUAUAAUGUACCAGCCAAUAUUGCUAGUUUUAUGGGUGACAAAAAUGUUAAAAUUCAAUCUAGUAAUUCUGAGAAACAAAUACAAUUAACUGAUGCAGACAUUAAUAAAUUACAUAAGAUUAAAACAAAGAUAACUGAAUUACAUGUAAACAAGGAUGAUAUAAAAUCAGGUAAUGGAAUAGAAUUAAAAGAAAAUAAUAGGAAGAAUGAAGACACCAAAAGUAAUAGUGUAGCAGAGAACUCAUCAAAAAGUGAUCCAAUUGAUGACAAAAAUAUCAAAACCAAUCUAGAUAGAUCAUUUCUCACAACUUCAGAUUUAACCUGGUUAUACACAUACAUUAAAACUGAAAGAGAAAAAGACAGUAGCGUUCCAUAUUUGCAUGAAUUGCUUGAAAAAAGUGAAGUAAAGCUGCCUGAGAAUGAAGUUAUUAAGAGAAACCCUGAGUUAGAGUCUAGAUGUGUUAAAUUAAGGGCUCAACAAGAAGCAAGAGAGUACAGGAAAAUGACAAAAGGUGUUGAUAAUGUUAGAAUGAGGUUUCCAGAAGACAGCAUUUCAUAUCAAUUGAAACAAGUUAACCGUCAUCUGAUUGCAAUUGGACAGUUCCUGUUAUCAAUUUUUGCGGGCUUUCUGUUUGGGUUCCGUGGAGUGGAAUGGAUGGUUGGCAAUUUAGAUUUUGGAUUUCGACUUCUACUGGGUGUUAUGUGUGCGCUGGUCAUUGCAUUAGCUGAAAUAUACUUCCUUGCCAAAAAGUUGAAUGAAGAGUUGUCAAUACCUGAAACUUGUCAACUUGGUGGACCUCCCAAGUUUAUAAAUGCAAAUGAACCUAAAUAUACAAAUACAAAACAAAAUCUUCAAAAACAGCAUCAAGAUUAACAUAAUAAUAAUAUUGUUUGAUUUAUGAUCGUGUAUAAUACAUUGAAGUAUUUAUGAGGUAUUUAAGUGAAUUUUUGUUGUAAGAGUGUAAGAGACAUCAUUUAUUUAGUUAUUAAUUAUUAAAAAAAUAUAUUCCAUAGUUUCUAUGUAUUAGUUUAGUCGUUUAUUUAUGUCACAUAUUAAAAAUAUGCUUAAGAUGUCAUAGAAA